GGUGGAAGUGGGUUGCCGUUGCAGCGACAUUGCCUACUACUAAUAUUAACGCACGUGUGCUAUUGUUUUUAAGAAUACAGGCAUUCAGUAUCUUGUCCAAGAAAUAUCUGCUCCUAUUUAGGAUGUCUAAUUUUGCACCAAACUUGAGUAGAGGGCCAUGCUUGUACUGUGAGGGUAUGGAAGAAUCUGGUCCUGAGAAGCUGUUACGUUGCGAAUUUUGCCGAAACACUGUCCACAUCUCAUGCCUAAAAUCUGGCAUACCUGUUGGCAGACUCCUUGGAGAUAAUUUCUUUGUAUUUACCUGUUCUAAUUGUCAACCAGAUGGACAAGACAAUACUGUUCGUGCCCAGUUAAAUACGCCACAGUUGUUGCUGUUAGUUUUAUAUAAUCUUCAUAUGACACAAGCUAAUACUGCCAGAAGUGGUUUCUUUCAUUGGAAGGUGCAUAUCUACCAGUUUAUUAAUCAACACUGGAAGGAGAUAUUUGGUCCAGAGAGCCAUAAAAAGAGGAAAAAGACUCUUCAAGCUUCACUAAGUGGCCAACUAUCGCACUAUGGUCAGUAUUUUGUUAGUGGAUAUGAGACUCUACAUGAUGGGGGAUGGUACAAACUUAGUAUGGUAUUACCUCCAGCUCAGCUCAUCCAAAUGUAUACAGCAGAAAAUCAAGAGGUUUAACAGCAAAGCAAA